GUCCCCAUGUCUUGCUGUCAACGCCCCAAAGUCUGUCGUGCCGGCAUCCCGAGAAAACAAACCUUGGCGAUAUAAUUAGAAGCAGCACUUGCAAACGGCCUCUAGAGAAAAUAUCAUAAAUACAUUGACACCAGUAUCAUCAUGCCACUUUCUCUUUCUUCAUCUUCAUCUCCAUCUCCAUCUCCAUCGCCUUGAUCACAUCUUCCCAUCCUCUCACCGUAUCAUUCUCUCCUCUUGUAUCCAUCCACCUCGGACCAGCAAACCACAAAAUGCAACCCUCCUCCUCCCUAGUAGUCCAGGCUCUUCUGGCCGCCCUCGUCGUCACCGAGGUGGCCGCCGCGCCCAUUACCCAGCGCGAGGUCGGUUACAACGAAUCACCAAUCGUCGAAAAGCGGAAGAACCCGCUGUACGAAACUGGCGUUGGUGGGAAGCCGGCCCCCAAGCCCUCGAUUGUAAAUGUCGGCAAGAUCAAGCCCGUUGCGCCCAUCAGCACCACGCCCAAAAAGCCCAUUACUCCGGUUACUAAGGGCAAGCGCGAGGUCGGCCACAACGAAUUACCAAUCGUCGAGAAGCGGAAGAACCCGAUGUACGAGACUGGCGUUGGUGGGAAGCCGGCCCCCAAGCCAUCGAUUGUAAAUGUCGGCAAAAUCAAGCCCGUUGCGCCCAUCAGCACCACGCCCAAAAAGCCCAUUACUCCGGUUAAGGGUAAGGGCAAGCGCGAGGUCGGUCACGACGAGUCACCAAUCGUCGAGAAGCGGAAGAACCCGAUGUACGAGACUGGCGUUGGUGGGAAGCCGGCCCCCAAGCCCUCGAUUGUAAAUGUCGGCAAGAUCAAGCCCGUUGCGCCCAUCAGCACCACGCCCAAGAAGCCCAUUACUCCGGUUAAGGGUAAGGGCAAGCGCGAGGAGCACGCUUAGAUUUAAGCAAAGCACCUGGUCGCUCACUUGCUGACAUCCUUUCCCUCGCGGUAUCAUUGUUUUUCUGCCUUUCUCGUUUUCUCCCGUGUCCACUAGAUACCCCUUUUCUCUUUGUACUCUCACAAUCCUGGUAUCAUUCCCUUUUGCGUUGUUCUUUGCUUCCUCGGCGUCUG